AUGCCUGGUGCAGCGUCGGUUUUUGAAAGUUAUUAUCUAUUUGUGGAUAGUUCCAGUAAUUUGUAUCUAAGUGACUUUGAAACUAACCAAGUAGUAUGCUUUGCUGCAGGCUACUCAUUUCCUCAAGUAGUCGGCGGAAAUGUAACUAUUGGAUCCGGAAUUAAUCAACUGAAUGGCCCGUUGGGAAUAUUUCUCGACGACUUUGAAGCAGUAUAUGUUGCUGAUUGUAACAAUCAUCGAGUUCAAAAAUGGAAUUACCGGGUAAAAUUUGGAACUACUGUUGCUGGUGAUGGUACAGCCGGAAGUGAUUUAAGCCAGCUUAAUUGUGUUUCUUCAGUUAUUGUUGAUACACGUGGUAAUAUUUAUAUUAGCCAGGAACGCAAUAGUCGAGUAGUCCGAUGGACAUUCAAUUCAGAUGUUAGUAUUUAUAUUGUAGGCUGUUCCGGUAGUUAUGAAAGCAACGCGAAUCAGUUGAAGAAGCCACAAGAUUUGGUAUUCGAUAGUUAUGGCUCGUUUUUCUUCAUCAUCUUCGCUGUCGAUUAG